AACAUUUGUCAAAUAGUUGGCUAUUCCUAGUAGAAAGAAUAGCAAAAGCAGAAUUCAGUUGAUGUAAUUUUCUCCUCAAAAAUAUCCUCAUAAACAAAACUAUUUUCGCUUUCAACAUCAAAUAGCAUGGAAAGAUUUAGAAAAGUAAGUAUACUUCUUAUCUUUUGGUUUGUCACAUUUUCCUUUGCAACUAUUCACACAUAUGGGGAUGCUACACAAAAGAACGUCCAGCAACAAGAAACCUAUUCUACUCUUGUAACAUCGUCGUUGCGUUAUUGGGAUAAUGUCAAGUCGUAUAUCAAUCAACUCCAACUUAAGUUUUUUCCUCCUGAUUUAGAUUUCAGGAGCAAAGAGGUUGCUUAUGCUGAUGGUGGUGCCACGGAGAGGGUGAAAGAGGCUGCCCAGAAAAGCUUUGGGAAGAGCAAAGAAACUGUUGAGGAAACCGCCAAAUCGGCCGCUAAGGUGGUGGAACAGACAGUGCAUAAAACAGUUGAGAAAGUGAGAGGAAGUGCGUCUUCUGGACAUGAUCGUGACGAGCUCUGAGAAAUCUCUACUCCUAAAACAGGAAAAGAAAAUCAGUCCUCUUGAGCCUAUGAAUGAUAGCUAUUGUAUCCCUCUUGUAGUGUACUCUUUUUUAGUUAGCUAACCUUGAUAUCUUUUAGCUUAAUUGUUGUUAUAUAUAUAUAUCCCAAGGGAAUUGUUGCAUGGUUGGGGACUUGGGGUAUAAUAGUAACAUUGUGGAGAUUUUAGAUGUAUAUUAAUUUGACGUUGCGGUAAGAAUUCAUAAACUUUAAAUC